AUGCUUCACCAGCCUCCACCACCCACCGGGCCUCGGGCUUCAGGACGCCUCGCUUCAAGUCGUCUCCCAAGCAGAGGGGGCAUUCAAAAACGCAACACCACUCCAGCGCGAGUGGAUAAGGAUGGAGAUCUGGUGAUGGACCAAGCAGGUACAAAUGGUCGAGCGAGUGGUCGUGGACGUGGCGCCGCCAUCCGAGGAUCGGCACGGACGCAGAAGAGGGGCACACCCGAUUCACUUGGUGCAAGAACAUCACGUCCUACUCGGACAGGAAUCGAUCCUUCAGCAAUACAGAAAGCCGUCCUGCGAGGCAUGGGCUCCAGUGAGAAAUCGCCAAGAGGACAGAGAUCCAGCUUGAGAAAUGUACGGGGAAGAGGAAGUACCCGACCCAUAGAUGAAGCGUGGGACCAGAUCACAGUUCAGGGAUUCAAGCAGAGCAAAGCUGCUGCCAAUCCAGGUGGUGGCAUAUCCGAACUGAUUGCAUUUCUGGAACGAAAAGCGACCCACCCGGAUGCUCCAGAGACGGUAAAGAUAAAGAAGGUAUGUUUGACAUUGCAUUCCGCCAGGCAACAGCGAUACCAACACUCCAAACUCUCCGGUCCGCCCUCGUUUCAAGCCAAGCUCUCAGAACGACGACCGAGAUUUCACGCUACCGCCUUUGGGUGA